AUGCCUCAUCGACAAUCAAUGUCAUAUGGAUAUCAAAACUCUUCACGAAUAAUGUCAGGACCGGCUUCUUCGCAACAAGAACCGAUUCCAAUGAUAAUCACCCCUGGACAACCAUUUCAACCAAUACCAAUGACAUCACAAUAUAAAGAUUACUCGCUUAGUUAUAAUAAUUCAUUUAAAAACAAUCGAAUUGCACCGCAACAACCAGAUUAUAAUACGUAUUCACAACCAAAUAAUUUUUUUCGACCUCCAUCAUCAAUACAAUCAACAAAAGCACUUAUUCAACCAUCACAAAUCUAUUCACUAAAACAACCAGCAAUGGAUACGGUCUAUCCAUAUAAUUCGAAUCAAUCAUAUUAUCCUCAAAAUAAAUAUAUGGAAGAUGUACAUUCUGGUAAUCUUAGACAAAAUGAUAAAUCGACUUCAUGUUGCUGGCAACCGUUAUGUUUUGGUUUAACACGUUUAACUGGUGGAAUUCUAUUUGGAACAAUGAUAAUACUUGGUGUUGCAUCAAUCGGUGGUCUUAUUGCUUCGAUUAUUUUAUACAUUGAAGAUUCACAUACAAAUUCACAAUGGAAAAUGUUAGGUAUAGUUGUCUGUUCUGUACUGUUAAUCACAAUACUUGUAACAUUAUGUAUAUUUAUUUAUUGUUACAAACAUGGUCGUAUUGCUAAUAAUAACAAUAAAAAUAGUUUAGCAAUACCAGAAUAUAAUCAAGACAAUGGUUUCGGAAACGCAAAUAAUUAUAACCUACCAUAUGGAACGAUUCAAAAUAUUUCACCUUUCUCAACAACAACUGAAGAUGUCAUUCAAGUUGAAGAUAAACAAACAAAUAUUGAAACAACAAUGGCUCCUUUACGACCAAGAGAUUAUCAACGUGGAGUUUGGCCAGCAAAGAAUGCAUAUGGGGGUUUAUCUUAUCGUCCAUUCGAAAAACCAAAAAUGGUUAAUCAUUUUAUACAAACAUUACCAAAUGAAAUCGAUCAAACAGUGUCACAACGAAAAAACAAUACAAUCAAUGUUGCACCGAGAACCAUUAUUCGACUGCCAGAAAAUCAUCAUCAAUAUGAUGAAGAACAAUAUCCAAGUCGUUUUAUUGAACAAAAACGACAAUAUGGCGUUGUCGAGAAAAUUAUUGAAAGACCAAAACGUCGAUCAACAGAAGAAUAUGUAGAGUUUGUUGAAUUAGCAAAAAACGGUGGAAAACGAAUGGGGAACGGAAGAAAGACACAAAGAUUUAAUAAUGUUUCUGUUAAACGUGUAAAAGCAGUUGAAGAACCAGAUACUGUUCAAGAUGAUUUUAAUACUGAUCAUUUUUAUCAAUAA